ACAGAACUGACACUUACUAGCAGUUUCCACUCACUACCAGGAAGCUGACUUACCGUAUACGACCUCUCCCCUUCACGCUACUGCAGGGUGGGAGAUGCAACAAUGGUCUUGAGAACAGCAGGAAGUGUGUUGGUGGUCUUUCUCUGGUCUGUAGCAGUGGUACUCGGGCAGUAUGGAUGGAGUGUGACCUACACCAAGAAUAGUAUCUGUGCCUUGAAGGGGUCAACAGUGGAGCUGUCCUGUUCUUACACAUAUCCCAGAGGUCAUAGAGUCAGAACAAUUGGAUGGUCUUAUUGGAAUAGUGAUGCGGGUCGAUUUGUUGAAAUCCAAUCUAAUAAUGAGGGUCGUGUGGAGUACCGUCAGACAACAGAGAAGGACUCUACCCUGAGAAUCACAGACCUGAGACAGAGUGACAAAGAUACAUAUUACUUCAGAUAUAAAACAGACAAGUCCGAUUGGAAAACUGCCCAACGUGGAGUCACUCUCUCUGUCACUGAACUGCAGGUGGAGGUGACAGGACAAUGGAAUGUGAAAACACUGACCUGUAGAACCAGCUGCAGCCUGCCUGGUAAUCCCACCUACGUCUGGUACAAGAACAGACAAUAUCUAGAUGAGAGGACUUCCUCUAUAUACUCUAUAUAUGUCUACAUUGAGAAUGCAGACAGCUACUCCUGUGCUGUAAAAGGCCAUGAGGAUCUCCACUCUCCUGCAGUCUGUGUUCAUAAUUCAAACUGCUGGAGUGUGACUUACACCAAGAGGAGAAUCUGUGUCUUGAAGGGCUCCACAGUGGAAAUAUCCUGCUCUUACACUCAUCCCACUAGUUAUAUAGAACAAGGUUCAUUCUGGUUUACACAGAAAGACCCUGUAGAUGUCAGUUCAUAUCCAGAGUCUGCAGGUCGUGUGCAGUACAAUAGGAACACAGAGAACCACCACACCAUGACAAUAACACACCUGACAGAGAAGGACUCGGCUGAAUACAUAUUCAGAUUAAUAACAUACAAGGGGAGAUUUUCUGGCCUUCCUGGUGUGAUGUUGACUGUCACAGAUAUCCUGUUGGAGAUGGAUCCUACGUCUGUGUCAGAGGGGGAGAGAGUCACGCUGAGAUGUAGAACCCAAUGUGCAGUCGCUCUGAACCCCACCUGCAUCUGGUACAAGAACGGACAACGUCUGACCAACCCAGUCACCAGUUAUAACAGCCUGAUCCUAGACCCAGUCACCAGUUAUAACAGCCUAAUCCUAGAACCAAUCAGCAGUGAGGAUGCAGGGAACUACUCCUGUGCUGUAGAAGGUUUUGAGAGAAUCCUCUCUCCAGAAGAGACUCUCACUGUCAGAUAUGGCCCAAAGACCACCUCAGUGUCAGUCAGUCCCUCUGGUGAAAUAGUGGAGGGCAGUUCAGUGACUCUGACCUGCAACAGUGAUGCCAACCCACCUGUGGACAAAUACACCUGGUACAAGAAGAAUGGAGGUCACAAUCAGAGUAUCUCCAAUCAGAACACAGGACCACAUCAUACCUUCAACCAAGUCAAGUCAUCUGAUACUGGGGAGUACUACUGCGAGGCCCAGAAUGAGUUGGGGACAGACAGGCCUGAGUCUAUCAACAUGGAUGUGAAAUACGGCCCAAAGAACACCUCAGUGUCAGUCAGUCCCUCUGGUGAAAUAGUGGAGGGCAGUUCAGUGACUCUGACCUGCAGCAGUGAUGCCAACCCACCUGUGGACAAAUACACCUGGUACAAGACGAACAUAGCCUCAGCAAAAGCAUCAGGACAGAGUUACAGCAUCACUAACAUCAUCUCUGAGGACAGAGGAGAAUAUUACUGUGAGGCCCAGAAUAGAAGAGGAUCUAUGAACUCUACAGCUCAGAUGAUCAUUGUAGCAGUGAAACAAACCUCAGUUCUGACUGCAGCUGUAGGGAUCACAGUGGUUGUUCUGGUUCUCAUCCUCUGUCUCUCUGGACUCAUGUGGUUCAGGAAGAAGGCCUCCAAACCCACCUCCAACACAGGAGACACAUCAGAAAAUGAACAGGGAGACUCUAGUCCAGUGUAUGAUAACAUCUCAGGCAUGGCCAUGACCUCUACUGCAGCACAGACAGUGGCCACAGAUGACCAGGAUGACGUUCACUACGCCAGCGUCCACUUCCAGGAAGUCCUUCUGUACUCGACCAUCCAACCGUCUCAAGCCCAGGAACAGGACGAGGAUAUCCAGUACGCUACUCUGAAAUUAAACCUCCUGAGUGAUGCCACCUGCCCCACAGCAGCAGACCCUGGUGCUGCUGAGGAGGACUACUUUGUUCUCUACAGCACAGUCAACAAAUCCAGAACCAAGAAGACCUGAGCAUUACAAUACCAGAACCAAGUAGACCUGAACACAAGAAACCCAGAACAAAGUGGACCUGAACACAACAAACCCAGUACAAAGUGGACCUGAACACAACAAACCCAGUACAAAGUGGACCUGAACACAACAAACCCAGUACAAAGUGGACCUGAACACAACAAACCCAGUACAAAGUGGACCUGAACACAACAAACCCAGUACAAAGUGGACCUGAACACAACAAACCCAGUACAAAGUGGACCUGAACACAACAAACCCAGAACCAAGAAGACCUGAACAGAAGAAGUUUGACAAUAACCUUGUGUAUCUGGACCUGUAUAUCUAAACUAAGUGAUAUAAUGGCUAUGGAGGUGUGGAAUAUUGACCCUGAAUGCUGAAUAUUGAAUGAAUAUUGAGCCCUGAAUGCUGAUUGGCUGAAAGGUGUGGUAUAACAUGGGUAUGACAGAAAAUUACUAUUUACUGGUCUAAUUACGUUGGUCACCAGUUUAUAGAAGCAAUAAAGUAUUUUUCUCUUCUGAAAUGCUGGUUCAGCCAAUCAGCAUCGAAAAAACAAAUUUCCCAGUUUAUAAUAGUAUAUAAUAAUAUACGCCAUCUACCAGACACAUUUAUCCAAAUUCAUUCACUCAGUCAUUACAGUCAUUACAGUCAUGUUUGACUACAUUUUUCAUAUGGAGGUCCCAGCAGAGAUCCCAUAUGGAGGUCCCAUAUGGAGGUCCCAUAUGGAGGUCCCAGCAGAGGUCCCAUAUGGAGAUCCCAGCAGAGAUCCCAUAUGGAGGUCCCAUAUGGAGGUCCCAUAUGGAGGUCCCAGCAGAGAUCCCAUAUGGAGGUCCCAUAUGGAGGUCCCAUAUGGAGGUCCCAGCAGAGGUCCCAUAUGGAGGUCCCAGCAGAGGUCCCAUAUGGAGGUCCCAGCAGAGGUCCCAUAUGGAGGUCCCAGCAGAGGUCCCAUAUGGAGGUCCCAGCAGGAAUGGAACCCAGGAGCCAUGCUGUAUAAACUGAGCCACACAGGACGACUCUAUUCAACCAAACAAAACAAUCACCAGACGUGUGAGAUAUGAAGUCUAACAACAAUAGAUAUUCUGUUUCUAUUAUCUGUAUUACUUCAUAUGGUACUAUUAGAUGAUACGCAAAGUAUACGUUUGCUUAAUUUUUUUUAGAUAUAUAUACUUUUUUAAAGACAAAGUUCUGGCACAUUUUUGCCUCAAUGUCCAGGAAAGAGUUCUGCUUGAUGCAACUUUUCCAAUUGCUUUUAUCCAAUGUUUUUUUGCUGUUGUAAACUACUGUGUGAGGUGUGACAUUUUGAAAAGCUUUCAAAAUCACGCCUCUUGUGCUACACAGUAUAUGCUGUACAGUAACUGCAAAUACGACAUUUACAGUACAUUGGUUUGUAUGGCAAUAGUGUUUUUUUCAUCUUCAUCAUCAUCAUCAUCAUGUCUGUAAAAAAAUAUACACAGACACUUUCAGAAGGAGCAAUGUCCAGCACCUAGACACACAACAAGUUACAUAAAAUAUUAUUCAUUGUCAUUUUUAAAACGCACAGACACAAUAUAACAUAACAUGGAUGUUUGGAGUGUGGAGUGUAAUUCAGUCAGAGAGGGUAUUCCAUUCCAGAACACAGAGAUGGAACAUUCUGGAAUGUUCUAUGAUUGAUAAUAAUACAUCUCACAGUUAACACACUCAGACCAGGCAUUGAGAGUAAAGCUUGUGUUAAAGCCUUUAUAACAGUCCACCAUUUUGUCCAACUAGUAGUUAGAGAAUAUAAUGCAUCAUUGUUUAGUGAGAGUAAAAUACAUAAUUGUUUAGUGAGAAUAUAAUACAACAUUGUUUAGUGAGAAUGUGAUGUCAUAUAGAAGGAGUGUUAUGGCCUCCAACAUGGCGUGGCUCUUAACUCCCUAACUGUUGUCUGACCUUCCCAGGUAGGUGUCUCUCUUUGGGGACAGAGAGGGCCUAGGGGUGGAUGGGAAAGUGGAUAUCCCAUGGAGAAGUACCUUUUAUCCCCCUGACAGCCUCACUGAGUCUGUUUUUUUUUAUAGAGCUAGGGGGACCGGGCAGUGGGGGUCAAUAUGGGCGUCCCUUCUGUUAGGCCACACCCACAGGAAGUGUCACUAAAUGACAUUGUCGAACAGAUGCAUGGACUGCAUGAUGUUCUCAUCCUGGACGGGAGGCAGGAAGGGACAAAAAGCACAAAGGAUAAGAAGCAGAAGUUAGAAGAAAACAUAGAAGUUUUAAACAGUAGAAUAGCAGAAGCAGGUUCUUAAAGUAACUGCCAAUGAAAUUCUCACUUUUAAAAGUUCAUAUUCUGUUAUCUCAUACCCAAAUAAAGCUGUUGACUUGUCCUAUACUCA